UUUGGAUUAUAUAUACAAGUAGCAAAACACCUACGAGAACAUCUAUACUCUUGCAAUUGUUGAAUCAAGAGUAGACGAUUUUCUUUGAUGAAUUUAUUCUCCUCCGGUCUCUGACAAUGACGACGGGUUUGAGACCUCUGUUUGGUGCUUAUGGAGCUCUCAUGCUUACUACUCUUCUUUGCGCUCUCUUAAUCGAUGGUCCCCCCUUUCGCAAACAUUUUUUUUACUCCGUGGAUGGUAGCAACUUUGACUGAUUUUUAUAUCAACGUUAUCAUUUUAAGUGCAUGGGUUGCUCACAAGGAAGCUAAUUGGAUCAGCUUAAUUCUAUGGAUAAUUUCAUUUAUCUUCCUUGGAAGCAUUGCUCCCUGUGCCUAUAUUGUCGUGCAAAUUUCGAAGUUAACAUCAUCGCAGGAUCUUAUGUAUUAUAUUUUGUUGCGGAAUGACACAGAGCUAAAGCCCAAGUAUUCUUUUGUUGUGACUCUAAGAAUACUUUUCAGCAUUUUGGGUGCUGUCAUGCUUGGAACCUUAGGGUACACGCUUGUCACCGAUGGUUCUCCUUUCCGUAUAGAACUUUUGACUUCCAUCACGACUUGCGUCUAUGUUGUAUGGCAGCUGUUCCAGAUAUCUUGUUACGAUCCUGCUUACUUUAUUUUAGUGAAACAUAGUCACAGGGCCGGUCUAACAGAUGUGUAGGCCUAAAGCGAAUUUCAAAAUGCGGCUUUUUUUAUGAGGUUAUACAGUGUAUGUAUAUAAUGUAUAUCUUUUGGGGCAUAUUAUACUGCAUCAUUCGCAUGAUGCAGUGGUUACUGCUCUUAUGCUAGCUGCUAAGUUCUUCUAAGAUCGAUUGCUACCUUAAUUAUGCUGAUAGAGGCCUUCGACCACAUCAUGGAUGCAUCCGUAAGUACCUUGCUGAUUAAAUAAUACCGACAAAGGUUUUGAACUUGCACAAGAAAAAGGACAGAGACCUUGGACAGAUGCUGAGUUCUUCAAUGAUACAUGAUUUGUGUAAUGUGAAGAUAUAUACAAAGAUGACAAGUAAUAGUGUAUAAUGAAAGUAAAGUUGUGAAAAUGUAUUUCUAUAACGAAUGGAAAGAUCGUUUAUAGGUUGUA